UGCGAGCGCAUGGGCAAAUUAGUCAAGAAAAAAAUCCAGCGGGCCUCUCCUUGGUAUGAGCAGAGAAAAAAAAGAGUCGGAGGGAGUACAGAAAGAAUACCUCAGUCUCAUUUACUCGGAGGUAGUACCUGUCCGUCGCGUGGAUCUCAGAUCUGGGCAUGUGACACCACGAUGAGCCAUUAGCAGCAGCGCCGCCGCCGCCGCCGCCUCCACCUCCACAAAGCACACCGCAGAAUUUACCGAGCAAGAGAGAGAGGCAUGGAGCUCGCGACGGGGGCCAUGGGAACCCUGCUUCCCAAGCUGGACGAGCUCCUCGAGGGGGAAUACAGGCUGAAGGGUCCGAGGAGAGAGCUCAGAUGCUUAUAUACAGAGUUGGCGCCCAUGGAAGCUGCUCUGGUCAAGAUUGCGGAGGUGCCGCCUGAUCAGAUCGACGAGCAGGUCAGGCUCUGGGCCGAUAUGGUCAUACAGGUGUCUUAUGAUAUGGAAGACGUCAUCGACAAGUUGGUGCUGAGGUACAUCGGGAACGACUCUCACACUGGCGGAUUCAAAGAGUUCUUUAGGAAGACAGCUCGCAGGCUCAAGACCUUGGGGUCUCGUCAAGCGAUGGCCAGUCAAAUAAUGGACCUCAAGAACGCAGUGCAAGAGGUGGCUGCACGGCGUACUAGAUACAAGAUCGAAGGUGCUGUUGCCAAACCAGUUGCAACAACAUCCACCGUUGACGGCACUGACUGGCUGGCCAUAUCUGAUGACCACAGACAACUCGUUGGCGUACAAGAAACAAGUGACGGGAUAAUCAAGAGGCUGAUGUCAGAUGGGGGUAACAAUCAGCAGCAAAUCAAGAUACUCUCCAUUGUCGGGUCUGGAGGACUGGGCAAGACAACUCUUGCCAAAGCAGUGUACCAUAGGAUGUCAGCGCAAUUCGAUUACACAGCUUUCGUUUCGGUGGGUCGUAAUCCUGAUCUGAAGAAAGUUUUCAAAGACGUUCUGCUUAAGAUCGACAAGGAAAAGUAUUCGGAUUUCAGUACUGAAGCAACAGUGGAGAUGUGUAUUAAAGAAAUCCGAGAGCUACUUCAAAACAAGAGGUACUUCUUAAUUUUCGAUGAUAUAUGGGAUAUACAAGCAUGGGAAAUAAUCAAAUGCACUUUGGUGGAUUCCAAUAUUGGAAGUAUAGUAAUCACAACUACUCAGAUUUACACUGUCGCCCGAAAUGCCGGUGAUGUUUACAAACUAGCGCUACUUUCUCAUGAUAAUUCUGAAGAAUUAUUCUAUAAGAGAUUUUUGGUGGUAAAGUAAAACUCCCUGAUGAGCAAACUCAGGUAAUUCAGAAACUUCUGCAAAAAUGUGGCGGAGUACCACUAGCUGUCAUUACAAUAGCUAGUUUGUUGUCCAGUACACCAAAGGAGGACUGGUACAAGCUGUACAAUUCUAUCAAUUCUGGGGCUGCAAAUGGAACUGAUGUUGAGAACCUAAGAAAUGCAGUUUUGUUAAGCUAUUAUGAUCUACCUAUUUAUCUAAGGGCUUGCUUAUUGCAUUUGAGCAUAUUUCCAAAAAAUUAUAUGGUCAGAAAAGAUACUUUGAUAUGGAAGUGGGUUGCGGAAGGUUUUAUCCAGGAGGAAUCAGGAGUAGGGUUAUUUGAGAUCGGAGAGCGAUACUUCAACGAGCUUAUCAACAGAAACAUGAUCCAACCGGUAGAGAUCUCACAUAGAGGCAUUACAGUUGGUUGUCAUGUCCAUGAUAUGAUGGCUGAUAUAAUUUGUUCCAUGGCACAUGAAAGACACUUUGUUGCCCUAUUGUAUCGUAACGAGCAGCAGCACACAUCUACGGAAGUUAGAGCUCGCCGGUUAGCCUUCCAUGGGGAAGGUGUGGAAGAGCAUUAUCCUCUGGCUUACAUUGACAUGUCAAUAGUGAGGUCAUUUAACGCCAUCAGGUGUGAUGCAACUAUGAUGCCAUCAUUGGCAAGUUUUGAAGUGUUGCGUGUCCUCACUAUAGAAGAUUGUAGCAACUUUCAGCUGGAAGGUAAUGCUUAUAGCCUAGAACCUAUCAGAAAGUUACUUCAUUUGAGGUAUCUGGGACUAUGGAAAACUCCUGUUCAUGAGCUUCCAGAAGUAAAGAAUAUAAAACAUUUGGAAGUACUGGACCUAAGGCAAACUGGGAUACCAGAACUGCCGGAGAGUGUUAGUCUGCUUAGAAGACUCAAGUGCCUGCGUGCUGACGGUGGUUCAACAAGAGUGCCUGAUUGGAUUGGUAGCCUGACAUGCCUGGAAGAAUUAUCAUUGAACGAUGUCAGCAGUUGUCCAAACUUUGUGAAAGAGGUGAGCAAGCUGACAGAGUUGAGGGACCUAAAGGUUUGGAUCCGUUGGUUGGAUGAGAGGUCAAAGAAAGCUCUGGUGAAGUCUCUUGGCAAUCUGCAGAAAAUCCAAGUUUUGCAUCUUGAUGGUGGAUUGUGGAUAGAGGAUGCGGAAUGGGAAGGAUAUGUGCCCCCUCGACAACUCCGCUGUCUAAGCCUAAGGACCAAAUCAUCAAGACUGCCGAGAUGGAUUAAGGACUCCUUUCUUCCGAACCUCUCCCACUUAUCAGUGGAUGUAAGGGUUGUGGAGGCGGAGGAUCUGACGAUUCUUGGGAGUUUCCCAGAGCUCAUGACUCUCGAGCUGUUCGUGCCCAACACCGUCUCACUCCUAUUCGAGGGCCACCCUGGUAGUGCAUUCCCCAAGCUGAGGCACUGCUACACCUCUGGAAUGCUCAGGUUCCUACUGGGAGCUGCUCCACGACGUGAAUCUGUCCAUUUCAACGUCAGUUUGUCGGCCUUGAAUGGUGCCAGUUUUCAGUGUGGUUUCUUGGGAAACCUCCCUUGGCUUAUGGAAGUCAGAGUUGAAAUCUUCCACUCAGACGUGGAGGUGUACCGUGCCAAGGAGGUGGAGGAAGCGCUAAUGCUCGCUGUUGCAGUACAUGGCAACCGUCCUACACUUCAUGUCAGCAAAUUUGAACUGUCCUUGAACGAGCAGGAUACCGAGAAAGAAGAAGAUGACAUCGAGUUGGAGGAAGAAGAUGAGGAGGACUGGUAGUCACCCACUGCCAAGGCGACUUAGCUGAAGAAAUCUGCCUGCCUUCUGGCUGGUACUAGAAGACUUCUCCUGGCAUGCAUGCAUCCAGCUGGAAGAUAACAUCUCACUGAGAUUAUCACAUGAUUGGUGGAAAAAAAUUUAGAGGAAAAAUUGGUGGAAAAUCGUCAUUUGUGCUAUUAAAAUGGAGCCAUUUGUGCUGCCAGGUGGAAUAUUGUUCUUCACCUGUAUGAUGGCACUCUAUUCCCACUAUUGUAUUUGUAUGAAAUCUGUCUAGAACCAUUCGGUUAUUCUACUUGUAAUUUAUUUCUGUGUAGAACCAUUUCAAUUC